AUGGCCGAAUUCGGUCUCGUUAAAAUGGAAGAGACUUUAAGUGAUCCAAAAUGGAUGUGUGAUAUGAAGGAGGGGCUGGAAUCUUUUGAGAAAAACAAUACUUGGGAGUUGGUUAAUCUACCGGACGGGAAGAAGCCAAUUGGUGUGAGAUGGGUGUUCAAAGUGAAGGUAAACCCCAAGGGUGAAAUAAUCAAGCAUAAGGCUCGAUUAGUUGCAAAGGGAUUCUUGCAAAGAGAAGGCAUAUACUUUGAAGCGGUAUUCACACCGGUUCUAGGAUUGAAGUCAUUAGUUUGUGUCAGAAUGGACAGUUCAAGCAUUUUUAUAGAAUGUGGUAGUAGUCAAGGGAAAGAUGUAGAAGUUGAUCACGGUGAUUGUGGUGGUUAUGAUGAUGACACACUUUGGGUUCCUGCAAUCGGGAUGUGUUUUUCUUGUCUAGAGGAAGUUAAAACAUAUUAUCAAGAGUAUGCUUUAAAAAAGGGGUUUGGAUGGAGGAUUAGAUCAUCGAAAAAAGGAGAUGACGGGGAGGUCAACUACCUAAUACUUUCAUGUUCAAGAGAGGGGUCUAACAUUUCAAAAAUUUCAUGCACGUUAAAGACACUACCAUCUAGAGCAAAAAAUUGUCCUGCCAAGAUUUGUAUUAAAUUGAAACAAGAUGGUUUAUGGUACAUUACACAAUUUGAAUCUAACCAUUCUCAUGAGACUAGCCCUACAAAAGCAAGAUUGUUCAAGGCUAACAAGAAAAUGAACUUACAUGUGAGGAGAACAAUCCAAAUCAAUGAUGAUGCGGGAGUAAGGAUCAACAAGACUUUUCAAUCGCUUGUUAAAGAUGCAGGAGGACAUGAAAAUAUUCCCUUUUGUGAAAAAGAUGUGAGGAAUUAUAUUAACAAAGAGCGUCGUGCAAUUGGAAAAGAAGGUGAUGGUAAGGCUUUGAUUAGUUAUUUUUGUAAAAUGAGGGAACAAAAUACAAAUUUCUUCUAUGACAUAGAUUUGGAUGAUGAUUUUCAUGUGAGGAAUGUAUUUUGGGCUGAUGCAAGAAGUAGAGCCGCUUACGAAUAUUUUGGAGAUGUUGUAACUUUUGACACAACAUACUUGACUAACAAAUAUGACAUGCCUUUUGCUGCAUUCGUUGGUGUGAAUCACCAUGGUCAAUCAACAUUACUUGGUUGUGGAUUACUUUCAGGUGAAGACACGAAUUCUUUUGUGUGGUUAUUUAAGUCAUGGCUUCGUUGUAUGCUAGAAAAAGCACCUUUGGGUAUUGUGACCGAUCAAUGUAAGGCUAUGAAAAAUGCUAUUGAGUUAGUCUUCCCUACAACUCGUCAUAGGUGGUGUUUAUGGCAUAUAAUGAAAAAAAUUCCAGAAAAGCUAAGUGGAUAUGGUGAAUACAAAAGGAUCAAGUAUGCAAUGAAAGAAGCCGUCUAUGAUACAUUUACAACAGCUAGUUUUGAAAAAAAAUGGUGUUCGUUCAUAGAAAAGUUUGAUCUCCAAGAAAAUGAUUGGUUGGGUGGGUUAUAUAUUGAGCGUCAUAGGUGGGCACCAACUUUGCUAAGGGUCUAUUUUUGGGCUGGUAUGUCAACUACGCAACGUAGUGAGAGCAUACAUGCUUUCUUUGAUGGAUAUAUCAAUUCUACAAUAAGUCUAAAUCAGUUCGUGAAACAAUAUGAUAAUGCUCUUAGAAGUCGGGCAGAAAAGGAAUUUGAAGCUGAUUUUAAUUCGAUGGAUACAACAAUUCCAUGUGGGUCAAACUCAUCCAUUGAGAAGCAAUUCCAAAGUGAGUUUACGAAUGCCAAAUUCAAGGAAAUUCAAGUGGAAUUCAGAUCUAAAAUGAAUUGUUCUGCCUCAUUAAAUAGCAUGGAAGAUUGCUUUGCUACGUAUCAUGUGUUGGAGGAGAUAUUAGUUGGAGACAUACGCAAAGAGCGAGUCUUAAAAGUUGUGCUUAAUAAGGAAAACCACGAUUUCAAAUGUGAAUGCUCAUUAUUUGAGUUUAGAGGUAUUGUGUGUCGGCAUGUGUUAUCCGUGUGUAGUCAGGAGAGGAUUGUAAGUCUUCCAGAGAAGUAUGUUUUAACGAGAUGGAAGAAAAACAUUAAAAGGAAGCAUUCAUAUAUCAAGACUAGUUAUGGUGUAACAGAGUUGAAGCCACAAAUGGACAGGUUUGACAAAUUAUGCAAGCAUUUUUAUGAGGUUGCUGAAGUAGCAGCUGAGUCAGAAGAGACUACCGAAGACCUCCAUGAGACAUUACGUUUGUUUAGCUCUAAUAUGUCCACAAAGGAUAGUUCCCUUAUUGAAGAAAAUCUAAAUGAUGGUUUUAAUCCAAUCAAUAGUAAUAUAAUUCGCAGUCCAAAACAUGUCAAGCGUAAAGGUCGUCCUCCAUCUAAAAGGAAAACAUCUGUCGCCGAAACGAUCGCCAAGAGGUCAAGGAAACGAACAAAAAAAAGUGAUCACACUGAGCUUACUACAGUUGGAAAUUGUAUGUCAUUCAUGGAUCUUUUGACAACAUGUGAAACAACCUUGACGGGUUCAUCUCAAGUUAUUCAUGUGGAAUAUUCGGGUGGGAUGUUGAAAGAUUGUAAAUUGAAAUUUGUAUUAAUCCAAAUUGUAAAUGGUGCAAUAUUGUAA